AUGGAGGAGUACCUGGCAAACAUGAGGACCCUACGCUGCUACAUGAACGAUCUGGAAGAGGAGGCAGCGAAGCGGUCAGCGGAGGAGCAGAGGCAGCGCACGGCCAUAGAUGCUCACGACAGCGACAUCGCCUUAGUGAGGGCGCAGGCGAAACAGGUGAGCGACGAGGCCGAGCACCUUGCAAAGGCGAGGGCGCAUGUCUGUGUGGAGAUGGCCGAGAAGCAGGGUAGGAUCGCCUCACUGGAGGUCGUGGGUGCCACGCUGAAGCAGACGUUAGACCUCCUCCAGCUGGAAAUCACAAGUACAUCUGCAAAACUCGGCCAGAAAAGAUUAUUUUACACGAAGACAAUAGAAACUUUGAGUGUCAAACUACAAGAGCAUCAGGGAUGGCUUGAUUCAGAUAAGAAUAAGAUGGUUGCAAUAGAACCAUUUGCAGUUGAAGCACCUAUGAACAAGCAGAACUUUUUUGAAGGGAAGAGGUAUGAAGUGCUCAACUUAGGAGGGAGCAUAGACAAGGAAUCUGACGUUGGAAAGAAGCUACUGGAUAUCAAAGCAAAAGGAUCACAGCUCCUCUUAGAAAUCAGCGAAUGUAAGCAGACCCUUGAGCAGGAGAGCGACGUAACUGCUAGCUUCCCUGCUGCAGUACAGGAGAUGGAUAAGAAGUCCUUGGAGGAAGGAUACAAAGCUCUACAAGGUGAUGGAGCUGGAGAAGCCGAGUACUUCCAGUCUCUUGAAGAACGAAUCAUUAAAAUGAAGGGAGUUUCUGAUCCUAUUAAAUGCUGUUGCGGACUGGAGUACAAUGUAGAACUAGGCGGGGAGUCCAUGGGUGUAAGAUAA